AACUUUCUUUUCGGGUAACAGUUCCACACGGUUUCACAAGGCUUUUCAAAUAUGAAUCAACUGAUGCAUCAUCUUGUUCUGCUUAAAUUAAAAUAGUAAAAUUAUUUAUCUGUUAGCAGCCUCAAUUUUCCCUUUCUGCUCACAGUCCAAAUGAGAAGUCAAAUGUUUUCCCAGUUCUUCUUCAUCCUACUACUCUCUAUCUGCAAUAAAAUGAAUGAUGCAAUGGCAGCUAAUUCCAGCAAAUGUCUUGAGGAUCAGAAGAUGUUGCUGCUGCAGCUCAGAAAUAAUCUUACUUAUAAUUCUGAAGUAUCCACCAAGCUGGUUAAGUGGGAUCAGAGGAUUGACUGCUGUCAAUGGCAGGGCAUCACCUGCAAUGAUGCAGGGCAAGUUAUUGGUCUUGACCUUAGCUAUGAAUCGUUCUCGGGCAGUAUCACCCCAUUAGCAAAUCUUAAGUUUCUCUCUGUUAUCCGUCUUGAUGUGAACAAUUUAUCUGCUCCAAUUCCAGAGUUCUUUUUGGACUUCUCCAAUCUGACUGUCUUGAGUCUAUAUUCCUGCAACUUGAUAGGGGAAGUGCCUCAGAAGAUAUUCCAGGUAUCAACUCUGCACACUAUUAACUUAGCACAAAAUGAAAUGCUUGGAGGUUCUUUACCUCAAUUUCCUUCAAAUGGAUCUCUACACACUCUGGAUCUAAGCUACACAGGACUCUCAGGAAGUAUACCCACGUCCAUUGAGAACCUUAGCAUGUUGUCGCAUGUUGACCUUAGGUUAUGUAAUUUUAGAGGUCCAAUUCCAUCUUCUAUGGAAAAUCUUACCCAGCUUUCUUAUCUGGAUUUCAACUGGAAUAGCUUCACUGGUUCUUUCCCAACUUUUAAACUGUCCAAGAACCUCACUUAUAUAACCUCUGCUGGAAAUAAUUUGACAGAAAUAUCAUCCGACUGGGAAGGCCAUGAGAAUCUUAAAUAUCUUGACUUGGGUAACAAUUCACUUUCGGGGCUCAUUCCAGCGUCAUUGUUUUACCUACCCUCACUUGCGAGUUUAUAUCUGGCCAACAACAAAUUUUCUGGCCAAAUAACUGAAUUACAAAAUGUUACUUCUCCACUAGCAACUCUUGACUUGAGUGCCAACAAAUUGGAAGGGCCAAUACCUGAGUUCUUCUUUGAGCUACACGAGCUCGGAACUCUUAAACUUUCAUCCAACAAUUUCAAUGGAACUGUGCACUUGAAGAAGUUUACAAAGCUCAAUAACCUUGGAAGCCUUGAUCUAUCCCACAACAGCUUAUCAGUUGACACAAAUAUAAGUGAAUCAGAACUUGCCUUGCUCCCCCAGCUUGGUGGUCUAUUCUUGGUGUCGUGCAACCUGCAGAGUAUCUCCUUCCUCAAGAACCAAUCCAGGUUGCAGAUGCUAGAUCUCUCAAGCAGCCAACUUAGUGGUGAAAUACCAAAUUGGUUGUGGGAAAUCAAUGAUGGAUAUCUACGUUUUCUGAAUCUUUCUGGCAAUCACUUCACACAUUUUCAAGAGCCUUAUAGAUUUGGCAUUCUAGAUUUCCUUGAUCUGCAUUCAAAUCUGCUCACUGGAGAUAUUCCACUACCACCAAUAGAAGUUAAAUACGUGGACUUCUCCAACAAUAACUUUGCUACAUUGAUGCCACCUGACAUUGGCAAUUAUCUUGAAAUUGCUUGGUUCUUCUCAAUUGCAAACAACCAAGUUAUUGGCAAUAUCCCUUCUUCAAUCUGCAAGGACAGAUAUCUUGAAGUACUUGAUUUGUCUAACAAUAGAUUGAAUGGCACAAUACCACCAUGUUUGGCAGAAUUGAGCAGCACACUGAAAGUGUUGAACCUGGGGAAAAACAAACUUGCAGGAAAUAUACCUCGAAAUAUUUCUCAUAAUUGUCAGUUACGAAGCCUUGAUCUCAGUCAGAAUCUCUUAUCAGGUCAGCUUCCUCGUUCUUUGUCCAACUGCACAAAUCUAAAGCUAAUGAAUCUGGGAAACAACAAGAUCAGGGAUACCUUCCCCUGCUGGUUGAGGAACUUAUCCAAUUUGCGCGUACUUGCAUUCCGCUUCAAUCGUUUCCAUGGGAACAUUGAUUGCUCUGGAUUGAGUUCCAACUGGACAGCUCUUCAAAUCAUUGACCUAGCUUCCAAUAAUUUAGGGGGCAUUCUAUCCCGAAAUUCAUUCUUGGAGCUAAAUGCAAUGACCGUUGAUCCAGCUAUAGCGCAUUCACACUUUGAUUACUUGCAUUUUGAGUCUGUAUCGGUUAGGCCAAUUUACUAUCAGGAUACAGUCGGUCUUUUUCUUAAAGGACAAAAUGUUACAUUGGCAAAGAUCCCCGUCUUCUUCAUCUCCAUCGAUUUUUCAAGUAACAAUUUUGUGGGGGACAUACCGGAGACAGUUGGAGAUCUCAAAUCACUUUAUCUGCUGAAUAUUUCACACAACAAUCUCACAGGUCAAAUCACUCCAGCAUUUGGAAAUCUGAAGCAAUUGGGAUCACUGGACCUGUCAUUCAACAAUUUAGAUGGAAAUAUCCCAGAAAAGCUUGCUAGCCUCUCAUUUCUUUCCGUCUUAAAUUUAUCAUAUAAUGAACUGGUUGGAAUGAUACCACGAAGUACCCAAUUUGAUACCUUUGCGGAAAGUUUCAGAGGAAACAGGGGGCUAUGCGGGUUUCAGCUGAAUAGAACUUGCAAAAAUAUUUCAGCAGUAGCACCUUCAGAGCCAGAAUUUGAGGAGGAGAAUUUAGUUUCAAGGACGGAGAUUUAUUUAAGCCUUAUAUUAGGAUUUGCUGUUGGCAUUGGGAUCAUCUUUCUACCACUUUUGUUCUCUAAAAGAUGGAACCAGUCGUACAACAAACUAGUUGACAGAUGGAUUUUAAGGAUAUUUGAGCAACGAGAUCAAGAUGGGAGAUCGAGUAAGAGCAUUAGCGAACCAUCUUGGAAGAAGGCAACGGGGAAAUCAACAGGCAGUCAUUAGGUUCACGAAAUGAUUGUAGAGAAAGGUUUAUGUUUUGAAGCAAUUGCAGUCCUUUUUUGCCAGAAUAAAGAAACAGUGCCUUGUACAUUCCUCCAUCUUGUAAUACUUCAGUAUAUAAUUGUUUCCACUUGUGAGUUAUCAGUGUUUCGUAGUUGCUGGUCCAUUCA